UUCGACUCCUCUUGAUUGAUAAGUUGCUCCGUAUGGGCACUAUAUAUAUCUGCAGCCCUCCUACCAACAUUUCAUAUCAAAACAUAACCCUUUUCUUUCCCCUUUCAACCAAGUUACGAACACACUCAUUUCAAGUCCAAAAAACAUACACAUAAUCAUAUAAACCGCAACUAUCCAUUCGAUAAUAUGGCCAGUAGUAGAAAAUCAGUAUGCAUCAUCAAUUCUAGUCUACUAGUUCCAUUUUUUCUUCAUCUUCUUCUCCUACUUACCUCAACAGAAGCUCGCCCCCUUGAGCAAGGCGAUUCUAAUUCCACAGGAAAUGUUCAACAAGCACUUCUGAAUGGUGAUAUUAAAGUGUCAGGUCCUAGCCCUGGUGGUGAAGGUCACAGUUUCAAAAAUGUUGUUCAAACCAUGGGGGGAAAUAAGGUGGCUGGUCCGAGUCGUGGGGGUGAAGGUCACAAGUUCAAAACUCAGCAGCUCCGAACAUUUGGGAGGAUUAAGGUGUCAGGCCCUAGCCCUGGUGAAGGCCACAAGUUCAAAACACAGAAGCUCCAAACAAUUGGGAGGAUUAAGGUGUCAGGACCUAGCCCUGGAGAAGGUCACAAUUUUAAAAAUGUUGUUCAAACCAUGGGAGGAAAUAAGGUGUCUGGUCCUAGUCCACGAGGCGGUGGCCAUCACAAUGGCGUGGCUAAAAUUCACAAAUCCAAGCGAGAUUAAUUGAGGACUGGUGAUUAAAAGGAUUAAUUGAGUCUCUUACCGCAACGUCGAGCAACAA